CUUCCACUCUUCCAGAUGCGCCCAACACCGUAACACGACAAGAAACAUCGAAUUCUCUACAUGCUAACAUACCUGGUACUGUCUCCGAAGUCCCAGUGUCAGUGCAGUUCUUCGCCUUCACUUGUAUAAGCGCUCCGAAACAAGCUUAAUCACGUUCCCGUCCAAGCUGCAAAGUCUCGCAGCAGAUUGCGUCACGUUGCGCACCCGCGUCUGAGUGCAGGCCGAUUAUCCAUUAUCAACCGGUUAUCAAUUCUGGAGUUGAAGACACGACAACAAGAUCGGUUGCAUGAGUCGCGCUCUCGACAACCGCCAAAUGGUGGCUACAUCUUCACCAAACCCCCACAGAUAGGAGUUGCGAAGCGAGUCGAAUGAAUGCAACCCCUAAACCCAUUCCUGAGCGCUUUCUCAAAGAGCCCCAUCCUCUCCCAGUGCCUGCCGCCCCAACAGCACAUCCUCCUUGUCCCGACCGCCGAUGUCCUGCUCAACUCCCGCGACGUCGAGACGGGCGCGCCCCUGGUGGCCUCCAUAGCUUCCGAUGAGUUCCUGGGAAGCCACGUCCUGCGAAUUCCCGUGCCAAAAGCCCAACCGGCCGGGGGGAGGGAUGCUGCGCAGAAUCUGCGCGAGAUGCGUGGGAAACCAAAGGUGUAUAGCACUGUGAACGGCAGGAGUCUGGUCAUCAAGGAUAACAGCAUCUACACCAACAAGGGUUUCAAAUCGCUGGCCCAGGCCAACAUCCUCCACGACGUUAUAUGGUACCCCGACACGCUCGACCCCCGACCCCUGUUGAUCUACUACAUAUCGCGCCCGCUGGUAGGAUCAUGGGAGGAGGUUAGGAUUCCUCCUGCUGUGCUCCCCCCGAGCGAAGGAUCCGGCCGCCAGCUCAAGGCAACCCCCGAGACUCGGGACCCCUCUGGCUCGCCAAGGAAAAAGGAUAUCCGAAGCUUUCAUGAGCUCCUCAACCACUUUCCCGCGAUUGCCAAGCAGAUGCAGGCCGGCCUGGAGAAGCUGUUUCGCGAAUUCACACAGGUAUUCGAACGGCCGCUACCUCCUCCACCAUCGGCCAAGGAUAUCCCCGACCCGGAGCCUGAGGGGCCGAUAACCGCAGCCGCAAAGAGGGCGAGGUCAGGUAGCGAUGUCAGUGUUGAUGCUAGCGCAGCCGAAGGCGCUAAUGGGAGUCUCGCUGGAGCUGCUGAUGACGAGGAGGUCAUGAGGACUUCUUUGGAGACGGCCGUGACAGCCGCGAUUGACUUGUUUCAAGGCGUUGACAGGCAGCAGCUCUCGCUGCUGGCUGCGACUACUGAUCUGACAGGUUCGGUCGUCGAGCGGCUCAUCGAGCGCUACAUCGCCGAGAAUGUGCAUCACCUCUUAUUCCCUCGCCUGGCUGCGCUCCGGCGGCAGGAUGACCUUGAACUGGAGGCAAAAAUCAGACAGAUGGACUUUAUCGACAUCUCGCAGCUGGGGAUCGUCAUCGACGGUGGUAAUCGUGCUAAACGCGAUUUGGUCAGCAGGCUGGGGCGUGCCGUUGAAGAAUUCCGGAAGAUGCCCAAUGCGACCUCCCCGCAGGAGAUGAUGGAAAUUCUGCUCUCCACUACCAAAGCGGCAAUCCAGUUCACAGACGCGCCGCAACCAGGAGAACCACCGGGACCAUCGUCCGAGAAACCGGUCAUGACAGUCAAUGCGGACACAUUGGUAUCGCUGCUUCUAUAUGUUGUAAUAAAAGCACAAAUCAAGCACUUGCAAGCGAGGCUCACCUACGUUCGGCACUUCAUCUUCAUUGAUGACGUCGACAGCGGCGAGAUGGGGUAUGCUCUCAGCACUUUCGAGGCAGUCUUGUCAUACCUCGACCGCGAGUCCGGCGGUCUACGAAGAGCCAGUCGUCGGAACAGGGCACUCUGGGACGCAGUGUCGAAAGGAGACAUUUCCGAGCUGAAGAAGAUCAUGGAGCCGGAUGAAGAUGCUAUAGAGGACGAUCCUAAUGUGUUUGGAUCCUCUUCCCGGCGUCCCUCAUCCAGCGGCUGGAGCUUCACAAACGGAUCGUUGAGGCGGUCUUCCUCGAAUUUUACUGCCUCGGAAACAUUCUCCAUGGGGUCGGGACUGAGUCACGUAUUCCCCUUCCAGAACGGUGCAGACACAAGCGCAGAUGACGGGCCCAUACCGCCAGUUAAACGAACAAAGAAAGUGGCCAUGGACACUAGGAGUAUGUCCAGUGGUUCGGAGAUUUCGUUUCGGUCGAUGCCCCUGAGCCUCGGCACUUUCGCGAGUGCAAUUGAGGGGGACACGUCCAUUGAGCGCCUCGCUCAGACUCAGGAUGCAUCUGGGGAGUCGGUUGUCAUGAUGGCUAUCCAAAAUAGACGACCAGUGGCCCUGAGGUAUUUGCUUUCGCUGCGGCAGUACUACCCAGCAAAGGUCAUAAUGGACGAUCAAAACAAUGAAGGCACCACGCUGUUCAGUGCUGCGGUCCAGCUGGGUGAUGAAACCAUUGUCAACAUGGUCCUCGACUUCUUGUUGGAUUCAGCAGACGACAGCAAGAUCCGGGACUACCUAGCCAUUCAGGACACCUGGGGGAGGAGUGCCGCCCAUUACAUGUUUCACGCCCCCUUUUUAAUACAGCGUAUCGGCAGGCUGCUUCCAUGGCGACAAAAGGACAGGAAUGGGCAGACGCCGCUCUUUGCCCUCUGCCGGUCUUAUGAUCACCCAAACUACCACACAAUGGUUGAGGAAGCGCUGGAAGCGGCUACUAGGAGCCAAGGGGACGGACAGCCGCUCCAUCUAGACAACCAUGUGGACGUCAAAGGGAAUACGCUGCUGCACAUCGUCAACGAUGCCAGCCUUGCUCUGCAGAUUCUGCAAAAAUGCGACGUCGACGUCAAUGCGACGAACGAGAAGAAAUUCACCGCCCUAAUGCUCGCGAGCAAAUAUGGACGCUUUGACAUGGUACGGACGCUUUUUAGUGAUCCGCGGGUCGAUAUUGCAGCAAGGGAGGCAAGGGGUUUAACGGCGGUGGAAUUGGCCAAGGACGACGAGCUGCGGAACAAGAUCGAUGAUCUUGUGCUAUUUUCGCUUAGACCUGGGCCCGACGCCCGUACGACUGGUGUCGUCCGCUCGUUCUUUGUCGAAGACGCCUCGAUCCGCUUUGUGCUCAAGUCUGGGGCGCCCAUUGAUGAACACAACUACGCUGUCACGACCUGCCGGCGGUCCCUGACGGACUUUGAGCACCUCACCAGGCUGCUCCAGAUGGAGAACCCGGCGUCGUGGAUACCGUCAUUGGCUGACUUGCGGUCGCCGAUACAGAUCCCGUCGAGGCCCAGCCGUGCGGUGCUGAAGGACCUACAAGUGCGGAUGGACUGGUUCCUGAGGGUGCUGCUCGCACACCCGACGUUUUCGACGCACGAGAUGCUGUGGGAGUUCUUUCUGGUCCCCGACUUACAGCUGGACAUGAUGGCAGAGCGCAGCAAGCUCAAGGCGGAUGCACUGAUGGAGAAGGUGCAUGAGGAAUAUGAACCCGUGGAGGAUCUGCGAGAGGUAGAGCAGUUUGUUGACCACGCCCGGGAUAUGGUACGCAGCGUUCACUUCUCAACGAGGAGCGUGGCGCGCCGAGCGAGUGCCCUGGGCAACGUAGUCAACGACCUCUACGAGUCCUCUUACCUUCUCUCCAAAUCUGUCUCCUCCCUCGCUUUCCUCCCAAUCUCGCACAUUUCAGCCUUCGACGCCUACGUCCGCUCCCUCGCUCCCUCCCAGUCCUCGCCAUAUCAAACCUUCUUCCAGGCCUUCCUCGCCCUGUACAACAACGUCGAGGCAAUACUCAAAGCCCUUGCGCGCCCGCCGCAGACAAUCGCAAAGAUUGUCGCCGUCCGCCGCGACGCUGAGCGCAGCUACUCUUCACUCAGCCGCUCCUCGCGAUGGCCGCUCGGCCUACUGGACGAGACGCGGCAGCGGCUCAACGAGGAGCGCGAGGAGAAGGCCCGCCGCAGCGAGGGCGAGGCCCAGACGCUCGCGCGCGAGCUCCGCUACGCCCAGCAGACCGUCGCCGGCGAGCUGGCCGGCUGGAGGGACAUGCAUGAGCGCCUCGGCAGGCGGGCCAUCAAAGACCUCGCGAGGGGCAUGCUUAUUGCCGAGAAGGCCCGUUUGGAGGGGCUAAAAAGGGCUUUGAGGGCGGUUAGAGAGGGGGAGGGCAAUGUGGAUUCCUUGCAUGUCGGUGGGCAUAGGUAUAGGCAUGAGGAUGGGGACGGUGCGAGAGAGCGGGUUGGGGUGGGCGGUGUUGGACGCUCACCGCUGGUUGAUGGUGAAACGGCAGCGGAAGCGGAAAUCGGUGAGGCUGACUGAUGAAGAGUUUGGCC